AUGGAAAAUCAGUUGGCUAAAUCAAGUGAAGAAAGAACAUUUCAGUACCAGGAUUCUCUUCCAUCACUGCCUGUUCCUUCACUUGAAGAAUCAUUAAAGAAAUACCUUGAAUCAGUAAAGCCAUUUGCAAAUGAAGAAGAAUAUAAGAAAACUGAAGCAAUUGUCCAAAAAUUUCAAAAUGGUAUUGGAGAAAAAUUGCAGCAGAAAUUACUUGAAAGGGCAAAAGAAAAAAGAAAUUGGCUGGAAGACUGGUGGCUGAAUGUUGCCUACCUGGAUGUUCGUAUACCAUCACAACUGCAUGUCAACUUUGGGGGUCCUGCAAGCCAUAUUGAACACUACUGGCCUCCGAAGGAAGGCACGCAAUUGGAAAGAGGAAGUAUAAGUCUUUGGCAUAUCUUGAACUACUGGCAGCUAUUAAGAAAAGAAAAAUUGCCUGUUCAUAAAGUUGGAAAUACUCCUCUAGAUAUGAAUCAAUUCCGAAUGCUGUUUUCCACCUGCAAGGUUCCAGGAAUUACUAGAGAUUCAGUUAUUAAUUAUUUUAGGACUGAGAGUGAAGGGCAUUGCCCAAGUCACAUUGCAGUGAUGUGUCGAGGCCGAGUUUUUGUGUUCGAUGUAAUGCAUGAAGGAUGUUUGAUGACCCCACCAGAGAUUCUCAGGCAAUUGACAUACAUCCAAAAGAAGUGCCAUAGUGAACCUGAUGGACCUGGGGUAGCAGCGUUAACUAGUGAGGAGCGAACUCGAUGGGCUAAGGCACGAGAAUAUUUGAUUAGUCUUAAUCCAGAGAACUUGGCUAUGUUAGAAAAAAUUCAGAGCAGUUUACUGGUAUUUUGUUUAGAUGACGGCAGUCCACAUGUAACACCGGAAGAUUAUUCUCAGGUUGCUACAAAGGUUCUUACUGGAGAUCCAACAAUACGCUGGGGUGACAAAUCUUAUAACUUGAUUUCCUUUUCUAAUGGAGUAUUUGGCUGUAAUUGUGAUCAUGCUCCUUAUGAUGCAAUGGUUAUCGUAAGCAUCAGCUAUUAUGUUGAUCAGAAAAUUUUUGAGAGUGAAGGAAGAUGGACGGGUUCAGAUAAAGUACGGGAUAUACCACUUCCAGAGGAGCUUGUUUUCACUGUGGAUGAAAAAGUAUUAAAUGAUAUCAACCAAGCAAAAGCCCAAUAUUUCAAGCAGGCAUCUGAUCUGCAGCUUUUGGUCUAUGCCUUUACGUCUUUUGGCAAAAAGCUAACCAAGAAGAAGAAGCUUCACCCUGAUACCUUUGUUCAGCUGGCACUUCAGCUGGCCUAUUAUAGACUUCAUGGACGCCCUGGUUGCUGCUAUGAAACAGCUAUGACAAGAUACUUUUACCAUGGCCGUACAGAGACCAUGCGAUCAUGUACAGUAGAAGCAGUCAGAUGGUGCCAAUCCAUGCAGGAUCCUUCUACCAGUCUUUUUGAGCAGCAGCACAAGAUGUUAGAAGCUUUUGCAAAACAUAAUAAAAUGAUGAAAGAUUGUUCAACUGGAAAAGGAUUUGACCGUCAUCUGUUAGGUCUCUCACUCAUAGCAAAAGAGGAAUGUCUCCCUGUUCCAGAACUCUUUACAGACCCACUUUUCUCCAGAAGUGGAGGAGGUGGAAACUUCGUUCUCUCAACAAGUCUGAUUGGUUAUUUAAGAGUCCAGGGAGUGGUGGUUCCCAUGGUACACAAUGGCUAUGGAUUUUUCUAUCAUAUCAGAGAUGACAGGUUUAUUGUGGCUUGUACAGCCUGGAAAUCAUGUCCAGAGACUGAUGCAGAAAAGCUAGUUCAGCAGACUUUCCGUGCUUUCAGUGAUAUGAUGCAACUGAUGGACAUUGCUCAUCUUUAG